UUGUAGCUGUCCAAGUGAAAGGAAGCAUUAAUUUUUAUGUGAUUAUGGAGGAAAAUUUUCCCUCCACCACCCCAAUCUUACCACCUUCAUCAAAAUGUAAUGUGUGCCAUUUCAUCUUACUGUUUAUCAAUUUUUAUGGAUCAUUUUGUACCUGCUACUAUAUUUGUGUUGUGUGGCAAAAAUUUUAAGGUGCCACCUUAUUUUUCUAUUUUAUCAUGUUUAUAUUUAUCAAGAUUUAUAAAAAUUAGGGAGAUCCCAAUGUCAUUCUUGUUUAGGUUGUCUGAGUUGUAGUUUUGAUAUUCGGGGAUCUCCUUUUUAUAGGGGUUGUAAAUAAGUUGUCAACUUCUUCAAUCGUCAUUAAUAAAUGACAAUUUUCAACCUUAUUUUUCUAUUUUAUUAUGUUUAUAUUUAUCACGAUUUAUAAAAAUUAGGGAGAUCCCAAUGUCAUUCUUGUUUAGGUUGUCUGAGUUGUAGUUUUAAUACCCGGGGAUCUCCCUAUUAUAGGGGUUGUAAAUAAGUUGUUAACUUUUUCAAUCGUCAUUAAUAAAUGACAAUUUUCAACCAACAAUAUGUAUUCUAUUGUUAAUUGCCAAGAAAAAUAACAAAGCUGUGGGACAUGAGAAAACUUGUUUCUUCGAAUAGUAUUUUAUAUUCUUAUAAAAAUGGAGAGCAUAAAAUUAUUUUUCUGCACAUUUGAGUAAUUGCAGUGCAAGAAGAGUAGAGCAAUGUUAAGUUGAUUUUUUCAAAAGCCUGGAACAGGAAUAAAUGUCGGGAAGACAAUAAUUCAUGAAUCGACAUUUUCUGCUGAUUUGGCGGGUUUAUUGCUUCAGAUGCACUCGGUUUCAAUGAGAUUAUAUGGAUUCAAUCACGGACAUGUGAUUCUCCUUGUUCUUUUUUUUUUUUUUUUAAUUGAUUUACCGUCAGUUACAACUUGCAUGCUCUAUUCAUGCGCGCGAUGAAGUUCGAUUUCAAAACGAUGCUGACCCGUGCGUGCGGAUGCGAGAAAUGGAGAAUACGGGGAAAACAAUUAUUGUGUCCCGCAGUGUGACGAGGACAGUCGUCGGGACACCGCAACAUCGGUCCAUUCUUUUCCCAAGGAUCCAUCUGUUCAGAAAGCACAGAAACCGGUAAUUUUGUCUGUGAUAAUAAUUGUAUGGGUCUAUACCAUGCCACCCCCUAAUGAAAACACAAGGAAUGAAACGAAUUUUUACUCAAAACUUCGAUUUAAAAUACAUUGUAGCUCUAAAAUUCGGCUUUUAUCGUCACCCAUCCCAAAGUUCUUCCUUGUCUAGUAAUUUUAAUAUUUAUGCCAUUGAUCCACCAUAAAAUUCAGGAAUAUUUGGAAACAGAUACAUCCACUGUACACUUUCUAGUUUUAUCAAACACCUCAACACAAUUCCGACGAUUGGGGCAAGUUUGGCACUACCUCGUGUCUAUGAUCAAAUAUCAGGACAACGAUUUGUUUUAUCGUCACAUUUACAUGACCAAUAAUUACGUGUUAUCUGUAUAAGUUUAUGCAUAUAUUGUCAGUGUCAGUGAAUAAAACCAAUCGUAUUCAAAUAUAUCGAUUUCGAUGAUUAUGCUUUUAAUGAGACAUUUCAUAUUACAAUUUCCGCGUGUUUCUUUGGAACUAAUGUAGACUAUUUAAAAUUUUAGCGGCCAAUUUGAUCAUUUGCAUCAAUUUUCUUUGCUAGUGGGAAGGGGACAACAUGCAAAAAAAAAAAAAAAAAAAAAAAAAAAGAGAAAAAAAAAAGUAUUCCUAUAUUGAUACGUAUCUUCUGCCUUGGGGUAACGGUACUUCAAAUGUCUGAUAAUCUAGAACAACCCAUAAGUUUUUAGAUCUUGUUUCUCAUCCUAUCGUAUGCAUUUAUUUAUUAUGCAAUAAGAUGCAUGUAUGUUCAAAUAAAAUUAAUCGAUAACAAUCCAGAGGUUUGAAUCUUUUAUUUUCCUUAAAAUAUUUCUCAUAAUUUCUUUUCUUUUUAUUAAUUUAUAAUAAAGAUGUUUAGUUAAAAUAUUUGGCUUUAUCGAUUUAUUUAUCGUUAAUAUUUACAUUUUAUUAUCGUUUGUCUCAUGACACAAACGCUAUCAUAAUCUAGAACAACAUCAAGUUUUUAUAUCUGGUUUUUCAUUCUAUGUAUGAUUUUAUUGAUAUGCAAUAUGAUUUUGCUCAAAUGAAUAACAUUCCACGGGGUUGACUUUUUUCCCCUUCAAAUAUUUCUCAUAAUUUAUUAUCUUUUAAUUCCGUAAGAAAGAUUUUUAGUCAAAAUGUUCGGCUUUAUCGAUUUAUUUAUCGUUAAUAAUAUUCUAUAAUUCUCAUAUAAAAUUGUGUUUAAUUGGAAACUUAAAUUGACGUAAUUUAGGCGAUGGAUAAAAACGAAAAAAGAGAAGAGAAAAGAAUAAAAAAAAAAAAUGAUGAUGAUGGGAAAAUGUAAUCAAUACUAGGAAAUGACACCUCCAUACUGUAUAAAAGUGUUCCCAUGCCUCAAUUACUCUAGGAAUGAAUCGCCUAUGACCUUCCACGGCUCACUAACUCUACGAAUACUAUGUAAACAACGACCAUUUUCUUGGUCCCAUGUGUCCUUAUACCUAACACAUGGGUAUCACACCCCGCCUCACGUGAGAUCGUGACAUAUAAGUAAGAUAAACGAUCGUAAAUGCUGACAUAUAAUGACGGAGUUGGACCCACUCAUCAACCAUGGCGGUGCGGAUUCGAUUUACGAGAGAAUUAUUCGUCCAUCGUUGGCGGAGUUUUUUGGAACCAUUUUGUUUGUGUUUAUCGGUUGUAUGUCUGUCCAGACUGGAGAUGUAGGAUCAAUCGCCCUGUCUCAUGGACUGACCAUAACUCUCCUAAUUAUAGGACUUGGGAAAGUCAGUGGAGGACACUUUAACCCUGCCGUCACCCUCGGAGUAACGCUCUCGGGUGGAAAUCCCGUGAUCCUCAGCAUCUUCUACUUUAUUGCCCAAUUGCUGGGGGGUAUGGUGGGCGCGGCCUUCGUUCUUGCGGUCCUACCAGAAGCUGUGUACAAGGACACACACGUGAAUGGAGGGGCGCACACACUCGGGCCAGGCGUGGAUCCAGGUUGGGCAGUAAUGGCGGAGGGCAUAUUUACUUUCGUCUUGGUUUUCACUGUUUUGAUGACUGCAGUGGAUGACAAUAACAACAAAUUAGCCCCUUUGGCUAUUGGAUUCGCUGUAGUUGUAGACAUUACAGCAGGAGCUCAAACCACUGGGGCUUCGAUGAAUCCUGCCAGAAGUUUCGGUCCUGCUGUGGCGUAUUCCAAAUAUGGCAAUGUCAAUGUGUGGGAGCACCACUAUGUGUAUUGGGUAGGGCCAGCCUGUGGUGCUGUGGUGGCGGCGGUUUUUUAUAAGAUGCUUUUUUCCACGGGAAACAGAAGGCUCUACAGUGAACGAUAAAACGAUGUGGACAUUUUAUUUACGUCUCACUAGUGCGUGUACAUGAUAUUUAUAUAUAUAUUUUUUUACAGUUGUACAUGUGUGUGGAUAUAUAUGUUGUCAUGAAGCUAAGAUUUCGUACACUAUUAAAUCGGGCAAAAGAAGUAUGUUUGUGGGUAGGAGUUUUAGACACACGUUUCAAUGCUAGUAAUUUUAUGAAGUUAGUUAUUCUAAGCAAAUUCGACGGUUUCGUCUGCAGGGCGCGUUUUUGUUCAUUUUUGAGGUACAAUGUCAUUAGAAGAAAUACUCGAAUAUUUAACCACAAUAGAGCGAAAGAAGACAUUAUGUUUAUAACAUCAUCUUAAAUUAAAAAAAAAAAAAAAAAAAAACUAGGAAAAAAGAUUACUUCGCCCACUAACACCUUAAAUAAAUUGAAGAUGUUUGAAAUGACGGCGGACGCUCUACACAAUCCGGCAAUACCAGCGUAGUAUGGUAGUGUAUUAGUAUGAUAUUGUAUGUAAUGUGUAUGUAUUUUCAAUUUAUAUAUGACUGUUCUCUUUUGUAAUUUAUAUACUCUUAUUAUACAUGUUUAUGUACUUAUACAUGAGUAUAUUAGCUCAAAGAUAAUAUUGAAAACUUUAUAAUCUUAUUUGGGUUUGAAUAAAUUGUUUUUGUUAAAA